AUGAUCCGGGAACAACUUCUAAAGGAGUUACGUAUGAACGAAUCGCUUUGGAGGCAGGUUUUCGAUCCGGAAAACAUAGGACAUUAUGAUGCGUUGGUUACACGAAUCGAUUUCAAGGGGGUGGGACGAGCAGGUAUCGAAAAUUGCAUGACGAUGCCUGAGACGGGGUUUCUUAUUGCCCAACGAUACGGUGUGAUUGUUCACACCAUCGACAUUCGUGGGAGCGAUACAAUUUUCCCUCUCCUGGGCGGGCCAAACGAAGCUGAGCAACCUCCCCUGGUGGUUGCGGUUGUGUUCGUCGACAAUGGGCAUUUCAUACAUGUAGAGCUUGGAGGUUGUUAUCCAAUGCCUCCCCCAAACCUACUCUGGAGAGCGAACAGAACAGAGCGCGCAGCAGCCUGGCAUACAUUAUACAUGGAUCAGAUCAACGCGUACGAAAUGCUUACGUAUCGUCCCCCUGACCUUAAUGUAACCGCAUAUGUUCACGAUGUAUCUUAA